UCUCUCUCUCUCCUUCGCUUUCCCUCGUCUCAUUGUUUCAGAGUAGGCCAAAUUUGAAGUCCUUCCCAGGGAGUGGCCCUGUUCAUCUUAUUCUUCAGCCAAAGUAGGAACAGCGUGAGAAGGAGAGAGACACAUUCAGCAGCCAAAGGACUCGGUGGAAAGAGCAGAGGACCAGAGACAAUAUGCUGCUCUCGGGACCCACGGUGCUGCUGUUUCUCACUGCACUCAUCAUCCCCUUUGACUGGACACCGCUAGGGGUCAAUGGUCAACAAGGAGACAAUGUGACUCAAGCAACUCCAGAAACAUUCACAGAAGAUCCUAAUCUGGUGAACGAUCCCUCUACAGAUGAAACAGUUCUGGCUGAUAUCGAGCCUUCCACAGAUGACCUGGCCUCGCCCAAGGAUAAAAAUGCCACCACAGAGUGCCGGGAUGAGAAAUUUGCUUGCACAAGACUCUACUCUGUGCAUCGGCCAGUCAAGCAAUGCGUUCAUCAGUUAUGUUUUACUAGUUUACGACGGAUGUACAUCAUCAACAAUGAGAUCUGCUCCCGUCUUGUCUGUAAAGAACAUGAAGUUAUGAAAGAUGAACUUUGCCGUCAAAUGGCUGGUCUACCCCCAAGGCGACUCCGUCGCUCCAACUACUUCCGACUUCCUCCCUGUGAAAAUGUGAAUUUGCAGAGACCUAGCGGUCUGUGAUCACCAAGGAAGAGGAAAGAAGAAUGUGUGGAUGGGAGGAAGGGAAUGCUCUAAGAAGAGGGAACUCCUUGUCCAUCCAUUGUCAGCUAACCCAUAGACAUUAGUAUAUCUUAAACCAAUCGCUUGGCAGUGUCUAGCUUUUGCCCCUACUCUCUGAUUUUUCACCCAGACUAAUUAACAUUUAUGUCAUUUUUCAGUACAUAAAAUACAAAGUCUAUAUUAUUGCA